AUGUUUGACAUCAACCUAUUCAAACGAUUUCCAAAUGAGAUAAUCAAGCAGAUCUUAGAUCACGAUUGCUUAUCAUUCGAUGAUGUCUAUAUUUUUUUGUUCAACAAAUCGACACACCAAGCAGCACAAUACAUCAUCAACAAUCGAUGCUUGGCUCACGUUUGCAUCGGUAGGCGCAAGAACUAUGAGAGUGUAAUCACAUCCACAUACGACAAUGAAAUAACGCGUGGUCCUCAUUACUGGCACAUCCACCACAAUUUCCAUUCAAAGCAAGUAUUUGCACAGUGGGUGAAGAACCAUAACAACUUGAACAAUUAUGCAAUCCAAAUAUUUAUAGACCAAUACCCAGCAGAAGAAUUAAAUGCCCUCAGAUUGUUACAACACAAGAACCUCAAGAUUUAUCUCAACUGGGAAGAUGAUGACCUCAACACAGUUCAGAAAUUUAAUACCGUUGUAUGGCCCAGGCUUACCGAAAUUUUUGAUUUGGUAAAUAAUAGAGUCAAAAUGGUUUUGGAAUAUGAAAACGUUGUUGACGAAUCAAUGACUUUUGAUUUAACCAAUCUACAAUCUUUUGAAUGGAGAUACUAUUAUUCCAUAGGAGAGACUAUUGAAAUCACUUCGUCAACGGAUCCAACGCAAAACACCAUUGAGCAAAUCUCUAUAAACAGCUCAAACAGUAUACCAUUGUCUGUCAAAUUUACACCUCCGUUUCCAAACUUAAUUGAGCUCAAAAUCAAGGCGCCUCUUGAACAUCCUAAUCAGUCAUUGCAAGUGUUGCAUCAUUGUCUGCGGUUGCAAAAAUUAUGCCUUGAAAGAGCAUACCACGGCACAAUACAAAAUUUUCUUUGCAAUAUCCCAUCACAAGGAUUGCAAAACUUGAAAACAUUGGACCUUAUCAGUAAUUACAUUGGUGAUAUACGCAAUAUAAACUUUGCUCAAUACUUCCCAUCACUAGAGAAUUUGAUGAUAAAGUUUGAAAAUGAAGAUCCAUCGCAAAAGUUUGAAUUUAGUCAAAUAAGUCUUCCUCAAACACUUCAAACGCUCGACCUUCAGGCCAAGCGAAUACACACUUUUAAUGUGAUUGCAGGACCAAAGUAUCUUGCUAGACUUGAUUUGUCAUACAAUUACCCAUUGAACUUCAAUUUUGACAACACGUUUGAAGCAAUUAAAGAGUUGAAACUAAAUUAUAACCGCUCCAUCAUUUCAUCAAUAUACCGAUUCAAUUUGUUUGAUAUAACCAAUUUCAUUUUCUUCAAAGUUGAAGAAUUGCAUUUGCUGGGAUGCAACAUCAACAAUGAAGACUUGGAGGCACUAGAUGUAAAGUACAGUCAAGGACAAGGACAAAUACAACAACAUAGUGCGAAAGAAAAUCUGUUACCUAGAUCCAGCUUAAGGAAACUAAGUCUUGCAAAUAACAAGAUUACAAAUCUUCGCUGCUUCAAAAACGACUUAUUUGGAAACAUGACAUCUCUAGAGUCGAUUGAUUUAUCAUUUAAUGCAUUCUAUUACCUCAAUAAUGACAAUUUCCCACUCUCAAAAACAAAGUUUCCAAACUUGUUGAAUGUUAACCUCACAGGCAAUUCCAGAUUGACAUCAGUGAGGCUAGUUGGGGACUAUCCUAGAGUUGAAACGACAUACACUCCUGUCAAGCAAGAUUUUUGA